AAUCAUGGAUUAUUUUGUUUGUGACAAACUAAUUCAGUGGGGUCUAAGUGAGUGGAUAGAAAAAUUCAAAGAACAAGACAUUGAUAAAGAAAGUCUUUAUUAUCUUGAAAAUCAAGACAUUCUUUCUUUAAUACCAAAACUGGGACCAAGAGUAAAAUUCAAGAGGAACCUAGAACUAUUAAAGCGGGAAGAACAAAACGUAAACGAGGGCACUGAGGAUUUUUCUAUUCCACAUCCACAGCAUCAUGAAGACAUAAUUCAUUUGACUGAGGCUGGACCGUCUACAAGUUAUAAUGGAAAAAGAAAGAGGGAUUCUCAGGGAGAGACCAGCGAAUGGCAAUCACCAAGUAAACGGCAGCGUGACGAAUCAGAGGCAAUGAUGCUUACUGAUGUGAAGACUGUAAUGAGAAAUGUUUAUGUAAGACUACGCAACCAAGACAACACAAAGCUCAAUACCUUCCUGAAGACUAAAAUCAGCGAUUUGGAGACAGAUAAGAGGGAGCUGGUUGGUGUUUUUGGCAGAACUGGAGCAGGAAAGAGUUCUUUGAUAAAUGCUGUCAUUGGGGAGAAGAAACUUUUGCCCACUGGAAGUGUCAGUGCAUGCACCUCAGUCAUGAUUAAAGUAGAGGCUAACAGGCACAACCUGAAGUAUGAGGCGGACGUUGAGUUCAUUACAGAAGAGGAGUGGAGAGAUGAAUUGUGGUCAAUAAAUCAGCUCAAUGUGGAUAAUCCAGACAGUGAAACAAAGAGUGAUCAUGAUGAUGAUCAUCGUGAUAUUGUUGAAAAGCUGUCAGCCCUUUAUGGAGACGAGUGGAAAGAGAAAACACCUGAAAACCUCUUGGACAACAAAUACUUCAACGAAAUUCCAGAAUUCCUCAAGUCCAGGAAGAAGACUUUGAUAUGCGACUCAGCUGAAGAGCUAUCUGCACAAUUUGUCAAAUACACAAGAAAUGACACAAAACAAGGAGAAGGUAAAGAAGUAAAGAGGUGGUACUGGCCUCUGGUGAAGUGUGUGACUAUUAGGGUACCAAACAAUGAUCUUCUCCAGCACGUCACAAUCGUAGACCUACCUGGAAAUGGGGACCGUAACAAGAGCAGAGAUGAAAUGUGGAAAGGGAUUGUCGGAAACUGUUCUGCUGUGUGGAUUGUGGCUGGUAUUGAUCGUGCUGCAUCAGAAAGAGAAUCUUGGGAGAUCCUGAAAAAUGUCAGUGGUCUCAUUGGAAAUGGUGGCGAGUGUCAACACAUUCACUUCAUCUGCACCAAGUCUGAUGACAUUGAAGAUCUGGAUGACCGCUCUGUAGAUGACGUUCGUGCUUGCAUAUUUAAGAGAAACACAGAAGCCAAGGAGGCAGUGUUACAGGAGUUCGGCAAGCUCCACGCAAUAAAGAAACACUUCGGUGGUGACAGUUUCAAAGUGUUCACAGUAAGCUCCAGGGAGUUUCUAAACGGAAGACGUCUAAAUAAAAAAAGUACUGAAAUACCCAAACUUCAGGAUUUUCUGAAAAACCUCAAUGAUUGUCACUCAGAGACAUUAAACUAUGUGUCUGGAGCUCAUGGGAUUCUCUCCUUGAUUCAAGGGGCCAGCUGUGGAGGAGCAACUGGUCAAAAAACUGUUGUUUGUGAACAUAUUACAAAAAAGAUAAAUGAUCAUCUUUGUCCGACCUCAGAAGCAAUGCUUAAAACUUACAGAGCUUUUAAAAAAUGCCUCAGUGAAGGGGUGGAGACCUCAAAACGCUCAUGUGAAAGGAGCUUGAAGUUUUUCUUGUAUCCAAGAAGGUCUGGGAGUGCGUUUCACAGGAUACUGAAGUGCGUAGUCAACAAUGAUGGCAUUUAUCAGCCCAAAAAAGGAAAACAACUGAACCUCAACCUGAAGUUAGCAUCAUUCCUGACUGGCAGCAUCGAUGAGGAAUUCAGAAAGACUUUCCCAAAUGAAGGGAAACAUGGGCCAUUCUUUGGUGUCAUCAAUGCUUUUACACUGGACACAGAGGGACUGAUUCAGCAGUACAAUGACGUCAAACUGCAGCUGAUAUUUCUGAAGACAGAGGAAGAAAAACUUAAGACAAAACUGAAAAGAGAAAUCCGUGACCGCAAGAAAACGAUCUACCACAGUCUGAUGGAGACCAUUGAAAAAAGCAUGCAAGACUGCUACGAAAGAGCAGCAGAAUUUAGUGGACCAGGCUCGUUGUUGAACAUGAGACACACGAUUGAGAGACAUGUGUCCGAGUCAAAGAACAUCAUGUUUGACCAGGCAAAGAAGGUUAUGUUAAACCAGCUCAUAAACUUGAUGAAGUACAUCAUUAUUACUCUGGAGGAAACAAUGAGGGAAUCAAUUGAGCUCUCACUGAAGACUGACGACAACUUGAUCCCAGAUGUUUCAGCGGAACUUACGAUGGUGGCGAAACUCUUUGAUGAACUGAAACGCAUCCCAGAGGAAGAAAUGUCAUGAAAUGGGAAAAACUUUUUUACCAGAGGUCUUGAUUUUGUUCAGAUUUAUGUGAAAAAUGUUUUUAUUUACACAGAUGCUGUUCUAUUAAAAAGCUUCGCUGAACACAGGGAUCAUGACAAUCCAGGACAACUUCAAAGACCUGGCAAUUAUUAAUGCAUGUUGUGACAGUGUACGUAAUUCCACUUUUAUUAAAUGUUUUGUUGUUGUUUUCAUUUUCUAGAUAUACAUAGAUAUAUGCUUGAAUUUAUUGGGAGGAUUUGGUAUCUUCUUUAUUUUCAUGUAGCAGAGGGUUGCCUUGAUGAUUGAUGCAAAUGUAGAAAAAAUAAAUCAAAUUAAAGGUCCUUGUUAAAUCCAAAGAAAGAAUGUAAACAUUUUAUCAUAUAGGUUAAAUCCAGAGGGCUAGAAUAACGUCCGUUGUAGUCCUUUUUAUUUUAGUUUAAUGUAGUUUUGCUGGGAAGGGAGCAGGUUUAGGAUUGUAUUGAAUGUAUGGAUGUAGACAUUUAUUGUUGAGACAGGUUGCUUUUCCUGUCUCUGGCUUCUAAGUAAAAACUCUUUGUUUAAUUACUGAGUUUGUUUUGUUUCAAUCUGUGAUGUUUCUUUAUGCUCAGAAAUGAGUUCAUGAUUGACUGAUGUUCAAUAAAAAACUCUGCUCAGC